GCUCAGAGGCGGACUUCACAGAAACGAAAGUGGAAGCAAGGCCGGCAAGCAGAAGGGGUUGAGGUCUGUUUCAGGCACUGCUGGAGGCUCUCGGGAGACCGAAGCCCAUUCUAAGGGUUCAAGCAAGGGUUUAGUCUUCAGGACCCUCCACUGCUCUGAAGUCUCAACUCCUGCCAACCAGGGGUGAGAGCCAUGUCUGUAACACUCCACGCCGUCCUCUACAGUCUUCAGGAGGAACAGUCCAGGCUCAAAACACGGCUGCAGGAGCUGCAGCAGCAGAAAAGGGACCGCACAGCCGCAGGCUUUCCCAGAGACAAGAUCCCAUUCCCGGUGCCGGAAGUCGCCCUGGUAUUCCAAGGCCACACUCACUGGGGCAAGCAAGUGCCUAAGACUCAGGUUUCCAACCUGAAGAUCUGCUGCCCUCUGCCUGGAGGGUCUGCUCUGAUCACCUUUGAAGACCCCAAAGUGGCUGAGCGGCUGCUACAACAAAAGGAACAUAAAAUUGACAUAGAAGACUGCCGGCUGCGAGUGCAGAUCCAGCCCUUGGAGCUGCCUAUGGUGACCAACAUCCAGGUGUCUAGCCAGCCAGAUAGCCACAGGGUGCUAGUCAGUGGCUUCCCUGCUGACCUCAAGCUGAGUGAGGAAGAGCUGCUAGACAAGCUGGAGAUCUUCUUUGGCAAGACCAAGAACGGAGGUGGCGAUGUAGAGACCCGGGAGUUGCUACAAGGGACUGUCAUGCUGGGAUUUGUUGAUGAAGAAGUGGCCCAGCACUUAUGCCAGAUUGGCCAGUUCAUAGUACCACUGGGCCGGCAGCAGGUUCCUCUGAGAGUCUCUCCCUAUGUAAGUGGGGAGAUCCAGAACGCUGAGAUCAAAUUCAAGCAAGCAUCUCACUCAGUGCUGGUGACAAAUAUUCCUGAUAUCCUGGACACCCAGGAGCUGCAUGACAUCCUGGAGAUCCACUUCCAGAAGCCCACUCGUGGGGGUGGGGAGGUGGAGGCCCUGGCAGUGGUGCCCUCAGGGCAGCAGGGCCUGGCUGUCUUCACUUCUGAGUCCAGCUAGCUCUGCCUGCCCAGUUGCCGGGGACUGGGAUCACAUACAGCCUAAUGC